GCUUCGUCCCACCACGCCCGCUACGGAUAUUAUCCCUCGUUUUUCCCUCUCGAUGGCGUCAGAGGCUAAGGUAAGGGCCGAUCUACCUAUCUCCUACUAUCUCCUACUUUAGCUGCAGUAGGUCCAGCUUUCCCGUCGCUUCCAUCGCUAUCUUCCCCGUCCGCGCAGCUGUCGGGUGUCUCAUAUUAAUAAUCUCCCGUCCCAAGACUAUACCGUUUCCAGCUAAGUCUAAGCUCUUUCGCCCUCCGAACCGGGGUAAUUUACUAGAUGUGCGUGAAGAUAUGAUGGAAGCUCGACUGUAGCACAAAUCAUUACAUUCCAGGUCCUUUUUUCUAUGCUUACAGAUGUACAUAUACUCUGUACCAUUCCCCUCUUUUCUUGCUACUACUGCAGUCGUUAUUCACUCCGUUUUUCUUCCUCUUCUCCUAUCAUCUGCAACUGGUUCGUAAACUCAGCGGGCAAGUAGAAAUUAAAGAUAAGAAGAAGAAGAAGAAACGGAAAAGAGGAGAAACGAUGACGACCAACGGCAACGGCGUGAAGCAGAACGGCGGCGCGGCCGAGAACGGGGAUGGGUGGUACGACCCGACCAAGAUCUGGACGACCCUGCUGACGAACCGCGCGUACUUCGGGGGACUGUUGGUGUUGCACCACUCCCUGCGCCGGCACCGGAGCAAGUACCGGCUUCACGUCAUGGUCACGCGCGCCGUCGAGGAGGACACCGAGUACAUGGAAGCAUUCGCGGCCGCGGGCAUCCCGACGAUCGUCGUCGACAAGAUCGAGCCUGCGCCCCGGGAUGGGAAGAUUAAUAAGGGCACGUGGGAGAAGCUUGCCCCGUGGUCGUUUACGCAGUAUGAGCGGGUCGUCCUCCUAGACAGCGACCAGGUGAUCCUGCAGAACAUCGACGACAUGAUGGAGGUCGACAUCCCCGAGGGCUGGAUCGCGAGCACCCACGCCUGCACAUGCAACCCGCGGAAGCUGCCGCACUACAGCAAGGACUGGGUGCCCGCAAACUGCGCCUUCACAGCCGCGGACCAAGCCACAGGCGCUCCCGCUCCCAUCACCGCGCAAAGCCCGAAUAACCACCACCUGCUCAACAGCGGCACGGUGAUCGUGCAGCCGUCAAAGGCGCAGUACGACGAGCUGAUCCACGCGAUGAACACGCACCCCGACGUGCCCAACAUGAUCUUCUUCGACCAGGACCUGCUCGCGAUCGUGUACAGAGGCCGGUGGAAGCCGUUGCCGUAUCACUAUAACGCGCUGAAGCCGAUGCGGGCUUGUCAUGGUGGGUUGUGGAAGGAUGGAGAUGUGAAGAUCCUGCAUUAUAUCCUGAAUAAACCGUGGAAGAGCAGGGCGUUUGAUGAGGGCGAUACGAUUGAGUCGACGCAUGGGCUGUGGUGGGAGGAGUUUGGGUUGGUGGAGAGGGAGUGGAUUGGGAGUGAGGAUCAGAGGAAGAGGGAGCUUUGGGGGAGUGUGGUUGUGCCUGUUGUUGCGCAGGAAUGAGGGAUGGAUGAAUGAUUGGUUUUGUGAACGUUUGGGUGAUGAGGUGGGCAUUUUCAUGGCAUUAGAAGUUAUUCUAAGGCAUAGCGUAUACGUUUGGGCUGAGAGUGAGAGGCCAUCGUGAGAUAUAUUUAUAGCACUUAGGUUAGAGGUUACGAGCAAUUAACGACGGGCCGUAAUGGCUGGAUUGGCAUGUAUCGAUUGCUGAUAAUUCAUAUUCUUUUAUAA